CUCGUCCACGGUGCUCCGUUAGUGCGUGUACCGACGUGGCAAGACGACGCGAUAAAUGUACGCGUAGUUGAUAAAUAUUGAAUAGGUUUGAUCGCUCGUUGGAAAACAAACACAAGUAUUCCCCGACGUGGAACGUUUUGGAACGCGUUAUCGAAAAACGACUAUUUUUCUGCACUUCCAUCGUAAAUGGUCGACAUCGAACCCGAUCGGACAUGAGAAGAUCGUCGUGGACGUUUUUGAGCGUCGCGCUGCUGUUCUGCGCCCUGUUGCUGACGGUCGCGACCGAACGACAAGAUGAGGGCGAUGACGACGACGACGACGAUGGCGCGCACGAGUUCGAGGAAAAAGUUCUUCGGGCAUGGAUAGAACAGUUGAUUAAAAGGUACAAUAAAAACGUUCAAUCGGCCACUAAUCCGACGAACAUACAGCGCAUCGCCAAAAAAAGUCGAACGAGUUCUUCAGCCACGGGACCAGCGCUGAACCAUGAAAACGUCGCGCCUCUGCCCAUCAAUUCGAUCAUAUUCAACCCGUAUUACCAUCCGACCUUUUACUCCAGUUACAUUCCUUUGCCAUACGGCCCGACAACGCAUCUGAUACCCAUUACUCAUGUAUCGUAUCCACAACAAGAAUAUCACCAUCGCGUUUUUAUACCCGUACACGCACAACUACCGUACGAAUACACGCAGGUUCCGAACAUCAUGAGUUCAACGCUGAUCAAUGGUCACCCGAAAAUCAAACGUCCCACAAACGUUCCAUUACAUUACGUUCCUUCGAAUAUCCAAGACGAAAUCCAAGACUACGACCAGGCUCAAGAUCUUGACGGUUUUGGGCAGCAACACGUGACAGCUGAACACGCACAAAUCGAUCAGGGGAUAUACGACGAAAACGGAAAGCCGAUACCGGCUACAAGGGACGGUAAAUUGGUUGAUAACAUUAAUAAUCUUCCGAGUACGAUGUCAACGGAACCUCACCAAAUGAACGAAUCGCAGAAAGCCGAAUUCCUGUCGUCGACUAAUGACAUUACUAUGAGCACUACGCCAGUAUCGAUGACGAUAUCGGACAAUCCAAGCACAUCCGAAGCGUUUGGCGACCCAGUUUCACAGACUCCGUCAGAUAACGUAUACCGUUCAUCAGACAAAUUAAACAGUACCAUGAAGCUACUUUCCUCGCAGUCUGUUACAAAAGAACCGUAUUUAAUAAAGACCUCGGAGGACUUAGAAACUACCACUGAGAUUGUAACUACAAGCUCAUACGUGAAUAAUCCAGAAGACGAAUCCACGAAAACCGAAGAGGAUUAUCAACCAAAUGAACCACGAGAGUCAGUCGAUACAACGACGGAUAUUUCGGACACGUCGGUUAUAAACGUGGAAAACGCAUCAAAAAUAAAUAACACGACACAAACCCCAAUGGCUACAACUAUAUUUUCCGCAUUAUUGUAUUCCAUGACGCCAUCAGCUCCAACCACACUGCAGUGUAAAAAUAAUGACUGUUCAACAACAAAUUCUACAUACGAUAUGACACGGAGUGUCAAAACAACUAAGCACCAGGACUUGCAUGAAAGUCCAGUUCAAAUGGGAUCGAUUUAUUCUUCGACGCAAUCUGCAAGUAUCAACUACAAGCAAUCGAAUGCGAUUAGUUCAUCAACACGUCUACCGCCAACAUCCAAUUCAGAGAUACUUCCCUAUACCUCUUCAAUAAUGCCUAACAAUGUUCUGCUGUCGCUUCAAGUCUCAGAGGCAUUAACUACGCUACAGCCUACGUUUUUGCAGCCGUUCGACAAAUAUAACGAAAGCACACCAACGAGUAUAAAUGACACUACAUCAAUUCAGAGAUUACAGUCAUUAAAUCAUAAUAUUACCACUACCACAAAGUUGAUAGAAACCGAAACUAGAACAACUCCAUUGAUUAAGAAUAAUGGUCAGAACAAUUCGAAAAAUGUUGCUCAGAAUGUGAGCAUAUUAAUGUCGCUAGAUAUUUCAAAAAAACAUGAACACGAUGCAUCUGCAAAGACUGAAAAAGAUAAUUUUCCAUUAGGUUUAAAUAUUACACCGAGCGAAAAUCUUGUAAGCCGAACGCAAACCUCCACUGAAAAGUCAGACGUGCUUACGAAUAUCGAAAUGGGUCGUUAUCCCCCGGCUAUUGCAAGUGAAACGAGUAGCUCGUUGAAACCAAUAAUGAAGUCUACUAAACUGUUUAAUUCAAUUCAAAAUAAAGCCUUGUUUACCACAGUAUCUGGUGAAUCGACGUAUAGAACAUCGGCAAACGACCAAGAUCGGCAUACGAGUGGAACAUCUUCACUGACUCCGCAGACGUUGAAAGGUUCAGACCUUUGGUACAGUCAACUCUACACUCAAACUCCUCCCAAAAAAGAAUUGAAUGAAGAACAAAUCGAUUUUCUAUUGAAAAAGCUGAUAAAGCUGCUGAGGCCAGAAAUCGAGAAACAGUCGAUGACUAAAGAUAGCAUUACCAGGUUCGUGACUCCGAAACAUGCGAAUCAAGAAAAAUUAGUGUACAUCAUACUUCCGUGGAUUAGAGACACGAAUAAAAAUGUAAGGAACGAGGAACGAACGGAAAACACUACAGGUCCAUUAAAAACUUUUGAUAAAAUAUGAUUUGGUUUUGUAAUAAUAUAUUUAAUAAA